AUGGCAGCAAAUACCUUGAGUGACGUCUGGAGGACGCGCAGAGCCGCUUUCGUACAGAACCCCGCGCUCGACCGUGGCUGUCGCUGUCAGGUUCGCUUGAUGUAUGGCAAUGGUCAGGCAUCUAUAUCGCUUCAGCUGCAAACCAACAUUGCCGGGGUUAGUAACACACCUCCCCGUCAUAUCAUCCUCUACAUCCAGCCCUCGAUCGUUGAAGCGAGUUCUAUAAAUGAUGGCACAUCGAUAUCGCCGCUAUUGUUGCAAUGCAUACCUACCUCUCUCGCUACCCUAUCCGAUGCCUUGACCAUCGCUCUCGUCCUGAAGUGUCCUGGCGCUGUGCACUACCCUCAGGGGUUGACCAGCGUGUCUGCUGAGGAUGCGUCUGACACUGACUUUCAAUCAUUUGUCGAGCUCUGUCAAGCGACCACUGUACACAUACACUUCGCCAAAGCUCAAUUUGACCCUCACGAGAAGACACAACUGCACCGACUUGUGGAUGGUCUUGACGGCAAGGGCUUGAAGGCGCCGCCUCUGAAUCUUGGCCGAGAGGAUCGCGGUAGAGGCCUGCAGGAAGGUACAUGGCAGGUCUUCAGCCCAAAACACCCAGGGUCCAGCCACGAUGCAGCGUCUUCAGUGCUAGGCAAGAGACCAAGAGUAGCCUCGAGUUCGCCUGUUGGUGGGCCCCUUGAUGAGCCCCCUAAGCGUCUCGCCGCAAAUUCAUAUACAACGCCUCCUCCCUACUCGCCCACUGAGAUCAACACGUCGACCCCUGCCACAAGAUCCGUCGAAUCUAAUGACAUACGACCUACUGUGUUCACUCUACCACCAUACCGCAUUACUGACCCGGUGACUUCGAGUGAUGAUGCCCAGAUCUCCCUCCUUGCCAACAUGCUUGCUACUGUCCCUGAGCAUGUGCUUCGUGAGGCUAUUACACGGUCUGGUCAUGGACCACUGCUGAGCUCAGCUUCUGGCACUGUCGUGGUUGAAGAGCAGCACAAAUCUCGAGUUCGCCGCAUGUCUAGCCCACGACUUGUCUCCUUAGUCAGAGGCAUGUUCACGGCAGAGGUAGAAGCGCGUAUGAAGUAUUUGAUCGAGUCUGGACUGCCUCUCCACACGAAAGACGCCAUUGAGAAAGUCAUGGGUGAUUAUCAAGAUCAGUUUUACAUCCACUGUGCGGAAGCCGAAGCCGGCAUCCAAGAGAAGGUCGACGAAGCGUCUUUGGAAGUCAAGAUGGUGCUCGAAGACGGCAUGAAAGAGGUAGAGGACUUGGUCGAAGAGCAUCUCCAGAAGCUAGCCGAAGAGUAUGAAACACUGGACGGUAAAGGCAAUUUGGAACUUGACAGUCUCAGAUGCUGGUUCGUCAAGUUUGCUCGUACUUUGCUAGUCGAGAAGCAGUCCGCUCAGGAUAUAAGACGAGAAGUAAUUAGAUGCACAUCUAUAUAG